CCGAGUAUAUUUAGUCUGCGUCCCUCGCCCCUUAUCUCAGUGUCCUCAGCGAGGCUCCAGCAGCCCGGUGGGGCCUGAACAUCCAGACCUCUCCAAGGUCACUGGGGUCGCCACCCCUUCCCUGGCCUUCCUGAAGCCCCCUGGCUCCCUUCUCGGCUUCUGGAACUCCGGCCAGAGUCAGCAUGGGAGAUGUGAGCAGCGAUGCGCCUGCGCCCACUCCAGUGCGACGUCGUUCCUCUGCCAACUACAGGGCCUACGCCACCGAGCCACACGCCAAGAAAAAGUCUAAGAUCUCCGCUUCGAGAAAACUGCAGCUGAAGACUCUGAUGCUGCAGAUUGCGAAGCAGGAGGUAGAGCGCGAGGCAGAGGAGCGGCGCGGAGAGAAAGGGCGCGCUCUGAGCACGCGUUGCCAACCUCUGGAGUUGGAUGGGCUGAGCUUCCACGAGCUGCAGGAUUUAUGCAGGCAGCUCCAUGCCCGGGUGGACAAGGUGGAUGAAGAGAGAUAUGACGUGGAGGCAAAAGUCACCAAGAACAUCACAGAGAUCGCAGAUCUAACCCAGAAGAUCUUUGACCUGAAGGGCAAGUUCAAACGGCCCACCCUGCGCAGGGUGAGGAUCUCAGCCGACGCCAUGAUGCAGGCGCUGCUGGGCGCCCGCGCCAAGGAGACCUUGGACCUGCGGGCUCACCUCAAGCAGGUGAAGAAAGAGGACACCGAGAAGGAAAACCGAGAAGUAGGAGACUGGCGCAAAAACAUCGACGCGCUGAGUGGAAUGGAAGGCCGCAAGAAAAAGUUCGAGGGCUGAGCUUUUCUGUCCACGUCCUUGGCCUGGAGAACGGCCCUGAGGAAUAAACCUUCUCUCUGAGCUAAAA